UGAUGGCUGACCAAUAAGGGAGUGCAAACGUCCCACUGUUGCUUUUCAGUGACGGACCACAUGGUGGUUUUAGGACUCAGCAGCAGACGAGCGACAACCCCCUUAACCGUAUUCUUUUCGCUUCUCGCCAUGUUUCGGCAGCAAUUACACACAAUCUCCAAGUUGACAACCUCCACGUUAAAGUAUGCUUCCAAUACCGUCACCUUCUUUUCAUUAUCAGCUGCCGAUGAUCCCACCAUUCCUUCUUCGCAGCUCAUUGAAUUCUGGAUAGCUGAAACACAACGAGGUUUGGAUGCGUUUUUUGACGAUCAAUUUGAUAUUGCUCAAUCCAUUUUUAUGCAACACGCUUCAGAAUCGCCGUUUCAUGCAGUAGGCUGUGCAUUAAUGGCUUACGUGGAGGCCAUGCUUGGGUUUGAAGCCGAAAAGAUCCAGUACGCAUUGGACAGAAUUGCGGCCGCCGAGAGUUUAGCGCGCCAAUUCGCCAAAAAGAGCCGUCAGCGGCAUAAGACCAGCGACACCGAUACCCUUUCUUCGUCCACACAUCAAACGGAUAGUGAUGCUGAAACCGAUCCAGGCACUGUUUCAAUUUCAUUUGGAUCAGAAACCAAGGAAGUAACCGAUAAGAGCCAUAAGAAGCGAUCGCAUCAUCGUUCACCCGGAAGCAUCCACUAUGAUUUGUUGGAAACCAACUGUAUGUUGAUGUCAGCUACCAUUCAAUUUCUUCGCAAUAGCUGGAUCGAAUACAUGAAGGCCGCCUACAAAUUACGAAAAGCGUAUAAAAUGUACGAGCAGAUGUUUGAAGUACUUACGGGCCAUAAAACCAGCGAUUACGCGGCCAGUCUACGAAAAGCGAAACGACGACAAAGCACCACCACGGACGCCGAAGAAGUAUCGCCCAACCCCGCGAGUCCGUCUGAAAACUCGGAUAAAUUCUCCACGUGUGGUCGUUCGUCGUGGACGGACCAUAAACGGUUCAGUAUGUCCAGGCUCGGACAUGGUUCGCGAGCGAGCCAUGACUCAAUUCUGUCAUCCUCGGUACCUUCGUCCCCCGGCAACUAUAUGCGUCAACUUCAUCAACAGACCCUCAAUCAAAAACGACGAUCCAUGACCACCUUGGAACUGAAUGGAUCAAGUCAUGCACGCGAUGAAAGCAUUAUCAUUGAAGAUAAUACGAUCGAAAGCGGGAUAUUCUUUGGGAUCGGCUUAUUUAGUCUCAUAUUUUCACUUUUGCCGCCCAAAGUGAACAAGAUCUUAAACACAUUGGGAUUCCAUUCAUCAAGGCCUUUCGCAUUACAUUUAUUACAAAAAUCGUACACCAGCCAAGGACUGUAUUCCUGUUUAAGCGUGCUCACCCUGCUUGCCUAUUACACUAAUCUCUCUUUAUUCAUCCAUCCCCAACUUUUACCCAGUUCACUCAGUCUCGCCAGCGCACGUGCAAUGUUGGACCAAAUGAAGGCAAGGUUUCCCAGUGGCAAAAUAUGGAAACUAUUGGAGGGAAAAUUAUGCAAGAUGGAGGGAAAUACGCGCAGAGGGGUAGAAAUCUUACGCGAUGCAAGACGUCGUGACGGCAUACGGAGGGAUCUACCCAACGGCAUCGCAUAUACAGGUUCGGAUUAUACUGCAGGCACCGAACCAAGACAUCGAAAAGAAUCCAUGGUCAGCGAAUUGGCUCAAUUGCAAGCACUCGCCGUCUACGAAAUGGGCUGGGGGCAAAUUUUCUUGGGUGAAUAUUUCCAGGCUUCCGAGACAUUUUUCCGACUAGAAAGCAUGAAUAACUGGUCCCGCGCAUUCUACCACUACAUUGCCACUUGUUGCAUGUUUGGCGACGGCGAUUUUGAUGAAGCGGCUGCCGAAUUCUUGCAGAUCCCUCGUAUUCUGGAGCGUAAACGGCAGCUCGGUGGACGAUUGCUGCCCAAUGAAAUAUUUGCCGAACGCAAAAUCGCUUCUUGGAGGCAGAAAUCUCAAAAUAUCCUUGAUGGCAGCACAUUGCAGUCGGCGGUGGUAGUGAAUCCGCUGUGGGAGCUCAUCUAUUUGUGGAACGGUAUACCGCAGCUGGGCACCAGCAUGCUAGACGAUAUGAGGCAACAAUUACUGGAACGGUUAAAAUCAAGUCAAGGACCCUCGGACAAAGCCGAGCUUCAGCUCCUACUGGGAGUGGUGGUUCGUGAACAGGGCGAUUAUACCACAUCAGAGCAAUAUCUCAAGAGCACCAUUCAGAUGGAAGAAAAAAUCGUGCAUGACCGCUGGGUUAUCCCGUACGCAAUGUAUGAACUGGCCGCCUUGCGAUGUUUUCAUCUAAAAGAUACGAACCACCAUGCUUCGAUUGCAAAGGAAGCACGAGACUGGAUAAGACGGUCCGAGCAAUUUUUCCACCAACAUCAACACUCCUCGUCAGCGUUCAGCCACGGAACAGAGACAGUAGAACAUGGAGAUUCUGAUUGGGAAAGCCGGUUACACGUACGCUGUCAGUUAUUGCUGGAAAAGUUGGAUGAUGUUGCCCCAGCUUGAUCCAAUUAUCUUCAAGUCCUCUUAUUUUCAGAAAAUAAAACAUCUAAAAAAAACGGACGGUAUUGCU